AUGGCUGCACUGUACGAGGUCGCACGGGGCUGGGGACCGUCCACAUCCAACUUGCCGGCGCAAUUCAAGUUCAGGGACAUCCCCUACGCGCCGUACUCGAAAUCUGACAAACUCGGCCGUUUCGCGGAUUGGAACGACAUUGCGGGAGACAACCGACCGAAUGCAGGCCCGGCGUCUCAGGGUGCUCGUGGCGGCGGAGGUGGAGGCAGGGGCAGACGGGAUGGCCAGCCUGCAUUCGGUAGCGGUGCUGCUAGCGCAUUUGCUUACUUCCACGCGGAAGAUGAGUCCAGCUUCUCUCUGGUUGACAGUAGAGCAGGGCCUACUCGUCGCGGUGGACCUCUUGGCAGAGGUCGGGGUGGCGGACGAGGUGGUGGUAUGAACAGAGGGGGAUUCCAGCGCGGUGGGCGUGGCGGAUUCACUGGUGGGCGUGGCGGCAACGCCCAGCGAGGAAGGAGAGGAUGGAAGGACUGGGGGCAGUCAAACCGUACGCGUGAAGCUUCCGUUGCGAUCUCUCCAGAAUGGCAAAUGCUCGAGGAGAUCGAGUUCCACCGUCUGUCCAAGUUGAAACUUGUAGUCGAUGAUCCUGAGGAACUGGGUUCAUACGGCAAGCUGUUCCCGUACGACAAAUCCUAUGACCGCAUUACCACCAAAUCGGAGCGGCCGCUGCAAUUGGUCGAUCGUAUCAAGUACAACACAACGACGUCUGACGACCCGAUCAUUAGUGAGUUGGCAUCAAAAGAUACCGCAACAGUAUACACUACGGAUGUCAUUCUUAGCGGCCUCAUGGUGGCCCACGGGAACAAACUAUUCCUUGACAAACGAGAUGGUGGCCCCUUUGACACCGUGACCGUCAACGAGAACGCCGCCGAUCCUCCGCAGGAUCCAUCUGCCGUCAACCCUAACAACCCGAAUGAGAAGGUCGUGGUUCCAGAAACCCCAACGAUCAACACCGCUACAUCGCUGUCGCUCGAAGCCACUUACAUUAACCAAAACUUCGGCUUCCAGUCCGUGAUUGAGAAUGCUCCUCCGCCAGCUGUAGAGUUUGACAAGCCCAAUCCCUUCUACGGGCCGGAAGAAACGGAGCCCUUGGCUUCUUGCGGUUACCGCUACCGUGUCUUCGAUCUCGGUAUCACGGAAGAUGAAGAUGUCAAGAUAUGCGUUCGUACUGAAGUCGACGCGUACUCCCCUGGUCAGGGUAGCCCUCGUGCAGGCCAAGGGCUCGUCACUAUCCGAGCCCUGAACGAGUUCGAUCCCCGCGCCGCAGGUGCUGGUGGUGCCCCUGACUGGCGGACCAAGCUGGAUUCGCAGCGUGGCGCUGUUGUCGCGACCGAAAUGAAGAACAAUAGUUGUAAGCUUGCGAAAUGGACGGUGCAGAGCGUGCUUGCUGGCGCUGACCUCAUGAAGAUCGGUUUCAUUUCGCGUGGUAACCCUCGCGACAACACUCGUCACGUUAUCCUGAGCUCAAUUUCCACCCGCCCGAUGGACUUUGCCGGCCAACUCAAUGUGUCGAUUUCUAACGGCUGGGGUAUCGUCCGUACGGUCACGGACAUGUGUAUGAAACAGCCGGACGGCAAGUACGUCCUAGUCAAGGAUCCGAACAAGCCGGUCCUCCGACUCUAUGCGGUUCCUUCAAUACUUUCACCGGAGAAGAUGAAGAAGAGGAAGGCGGAUUGGAUGGCGAAGACUUGA